AUGUCCGAAGUACUGAGUGGUUUGCGAAAAUCCUACGACAGUCAGCAGCAUGUCGCACAAAAGGUAUUCACCCUGAAACGAAUGGAUUCAAGCACUGAGGGAAUCGCUUCACCUGGCAUUUCGAAAACGAAAGCAAGAAAUAAAGAGUACCUAUUCGCUCCCUCCAACUGGAUGGAACUGUCUGACACAACUAAAAGUUUAUAUACUAACGAAAGAAAGAACACCGAGGAACAAAAGAAAUCAUGUGACCACAGUAACCGGCCUCAAGGCGAUGUGAAGUCAUGGAUACAACGACCAGCAGGAGAGAACCGCAGAACAAAGACGGUGGUCGCUACAGGUGAAGCAAACCACGUUUCGGCCACAGAAGAUCAUAGCUCAGACAGACAGGUCAAAUUUUUACCGCGUGAGGUAGCGAACUCGCCCAUACCUCAUUCAUCACGUCAAAUUAGGCGGAAGAAAGCGGACCUGCAAUCAGAAAGCACCAAGAUUCCUGCGAACCCUGUUCGUCGAGUAGGGGUUUUAAAGUUGCCACUUUCGACCGUGUUGAGAACGGCUUCGAGGAAUAUAGAAGAUCUGAAAGGGUUGUUCAACCGUGGUACAGGCCGCAAGUUUAAGCAAUGGCCAGACUUUUGUCAUUACAUUGACUGCCCGGUAUGCAUUACGGUCAUCGCCGGAUCCAGAGCGUACAAAACAGGUGUUGUGGAGCGUUCGAUUCGAGCGUCAAACCCCGGCCUCGGUCCGGGCUGCGGCCCUGAACGGUUUUCUGAUGCGGCGGCUGCGAUGUGGAAGACGACGCUAGGGUGUAAUGGAACUACUGAUCGUGUGCCGGUUCAUUCAGCCGGACGACUUCAGGAGUACCGCCGUCGAUUCUUCCAUUGGAUGAAAGCUUCGCUGCGACAUCCCAGUAGCAGGCGUUUGCAUCCAUGGAUACAAAACUACGUCAAAUGCGGACCCUUCUAA